AUGGAGAAAGACAUGGCUGUGCCGUCACCUUCCACCGCAGCCACGGAGGCGGAAUGGCAGAUGACUGCCCCGGUCGACCUGGGAAAUAUGUCGGAAAGUGGUGAUGAUGUGGAGGUGGAUGCCGUCCUGGCACGGAUGGACCAGCUGAUGCACCUGGUAUCUGUGGCCACCAGCGAGGAGGAUAAGCAGUCCAGGCAACGAUUUUCCCGGAUUUGCCGAGAGUCCAUGGACAAGUUGUGGAACGAUCUUCCGCAAGGUAUCGUGAGUCAACUCAAUGCGAUGGAAACUGGCGAGGAAGCCAGCGGUAGCGAGAUAUGGGAGCCCAGACGUGCUGAGCACAAGACAGCCAAACACAGUAGUGAGGGAGAAGAAGUGGUGAAACUUGCUCGAUUGGUCUUCUUGCAGUCCAUGCAGCUGGAGGUCAAAGGGCAGCGGGCGUUUGCUGCUGAACUUCAAUGCAAGGAGCUGGAAAAUUCGGCCAUGAAGGACCGUGCGCUAACAGCUGAAAGCUAUUUGUCCUCUUUGGAGAACGAAUUGCAGAUCCACAAGGAACUGGUUGAAGAGCUACAGGUGGAGAAGAGGAGUUUGGUCCUGGAGAAUGCGAUGCUGGGAGCUCGUGGUCUAGAAAUCUUCCACCAACGCAAGCAACCAAAGCCCAAGGAAAUGGGCGCCGAGAAACUUCAUCGUGAAGCCUCUGAACUCCUCCAGAAGCUUAGUCGCACUGCACCUUCAAAGCCUCGCGCCAGCAUUCUGCGCACUGUUUCUCCGCAAGCCAAGGAGGAGCCUGCUCCCAGUGGACAUGUGAAAUUCGGCGUGCCACGCGGCAGUCGCAUGGUGCAGAUUCCUUCGGUUCCUUUGGUUCCUUCCGCUGCAGGGCUCUCAGGGGCCCCUAUGACUCGGCGACACACGCUCUGCGGGCAAAUUCAGGCACCAGGAGCAUGGUCGGCACCAGAGCCCCGUCCAUCUUACCCCGGUGUUUGGGUGCCAUCUGCACCUCGAUCGAACUUCAGGCUCUCAGCGACAUGGCCGGCACCGGCGACAAUUCCAGUGGUUCCAGUGGUUCCAGUGGUUCCGCGGACAAUUCCGGCGCGGUCCGUGGGAUAUCCUGGAGAUGGGUGUAAUGUCCCAUCCUUCUAA